CCAACCACAUCCUGCACCUUUCUCUUCCCACACCACCUAACCCCAUCAAGAUGAAGUCCUGCGUUGUAGCCGCUGCCUGCGUGGCCGGAGCCCAAGCCUUCGUGGCACCCAGCGCAUUUAACGGCGCCGCCGUGGCCACCCCGGCCAAGUCGUCCUCGGCCAUGAAGAUGUCGUUCGAGUCGGAGAUCGGCGCGCAGCCCCCCCUCGGAUUCUGGGACCCGCUCGGCCUCCUCGAGGACGCGGACCAGGAGCGGUUCGAGCGCCUCCGGUACGUGGAGGUGAAGCACGGGCGCAUUGCUAUGCUCGCCAUCGCCGGUCACCUGACCCAGCAGAACACCCGGCUCCCCGGCAUGCUGUCGAACUCGGCGAACCUGUCGUUUGCGGACAUGCCGAACGGCGUGGCCGCUCUGUCGAAGAUCCCCCCGGCGGGCCUCGCCCAGAUCUUCGCGUUCAUCGGCUUCCUUGAGCUGGCUGUGAUGAAGAACGUGGAGGGCUCAUUCCCCGGAGACUUCACCCUGGGCGGCAACCCGUUCGGGUCCUCGUGGGACGCGAUGUCGGAGGAGACCCAGGCGUCGAAGCGCGCGAUCGAGCUGAACAACGGGCGCGCGGCACAGAUGGGCAUCCUGGCCCUGAUGGUGCACGAGGAGCUGAACAACAAGCCGUACGUGAUCAACGACCUCCUCGGCGCGGGAUACACCUUCAACUAGAUUUCUAAACAGAUUGUCUUGGAUGCUUGGUCCAUGGGCUGUGCCCCGGCAUUCAUGAAAUGGCCGUUUAUGAAACAGCUUACUCGUAUCGCGAAGCCCACACGCCCCCGCCACCUUCGCUUACUCCGUUUUCUGCCCACCACAUCCUAAACCUUUCUUUUCCCGCACCACCACCUCACAUCAAGAUGAAGUCCUGUGUUGUAGCCGUUGCCUGCGUGGCCGGAGCCCAAGCCUUCGUGGCACCCAGCGCGUUCAACGGCGCCGCCGUGGCCACCCCGGCCAAGUCGUCCUCGGCCAUGAAGAUGUCGUUCGAGUCGGAGAUCGGCGCGCAGCCCCCCCUCGGAUUCUGGGACCCGCUCGGCCUCCUCGAGGACGCGGACCAGGAGCGGUUCGAGCGCCUCCGGUACGUGGAGGUGAAGCACGGGCGCAUUGCUAUGCUCGCCAUCGCCGGUCACCUGACCCAGCAGAACACCCGGCUCCCCGGCAUGCUCUCGAACUCGGCGAACCUGUCGUUCGCGGACAUGCCGAACGGCGUGGCCGCUCUGUCUAAGAUCCCCCCGGCGGGCCUCGCCCAGAUCUUCGCGUUCAUCGGCUUCCUUGAGCUGGCUGUGAUGAAGAACGUGGAGGGCUCGUUCCCUGGAGACUUCACCCUGGGCGGCAACCCGUUCGGGUCCUCGUGGGACGCGAUGUCGGAGGAGACCCAGGCAUCGAAGCGCGCGAUCGAGCUGAACAACGGGCGCGCGGCACAGAUGGGCAUCCUGGCCCUGAUGGUGCACGAGGAGCUGAACAACAAGCCGUACGUGAUCAACGACCUCCUUGGCGCGGGAUACACCUUCAACUAGAUUUCUAGUCCGUGCGUCGUUCAGACCUUUUGCACCGGUUUUGUUGCUGGGCGCGCUUUUGUGAAUAGCGGUGACGUGUUGUGACUAUGUUUUAUUGUUUUUUUGUUUAGAAUUCUGCGAUGGGGGGAGGGGGAGCCUCUUCUUUCCUAGACCGAGAACCGGAUGAUGCUUUGGCGCCGCGGCGUUCUAUUUUCAUUUAGGCUCAUAGAAGCGGUGUCAUGUCGACGGAUGUAGAAAAUACCGACCGUGUAUUCCGUGGUUGGUUCGUGCGGUGCACCGUCGUGCGUGAGGCUUGCGGUUACUGUUCGGAGGCGAGGGUGCUAGGAGAUUGGGGCCCAUGUUGUUGGUGUUUUGUGUCAACUGCGCCUGGCGUUGCGACACUUGACAUUGUGGAUGGCGCCGGUAGAUGCUGUUGCCCGUUUUGCUCUGUUGGUUUUGUCGAGUCGUCGUGUCAGGCUUGACCAUGAUGCGUACACUGGAGAGGCGUGCUGCGUCGACACCUCUUUGAACUGAACUGGUGUAUGUGAAUGAAAGCAACACUUUGAACCGAACACCCAAACAAGCUUGCACUGCUGCUGUGCUUGCAAUUGCUGUCGAUGUGUUUUUGAUUGGUGUAGCCUGUCGAUGAUGUGUAGCACAUCUCCUGCAGAUGCACCAGCACGUGAGGAGGAUUUGACUGAGAACAGAGUGUCCUUGGAUGUUUGAUCCAUGGGCUGUGCCCUGCCAUUCACGAAUCGACCGUUUGUGAAACAGCUUACUCAUCA